UAACUGAUUGUAAACAAACCACGUAAUUUAAGGGGUGUUUAUUUGAUCAUUUGAUGACAGAAAACUUUAUGCUAAAAUUCUCGUUUGAUUGGUUUCCAGACCUCUUUUUGCUCUAGUGAAAAUGUCAGUCCUACUAACUGCUGACUGGUGCUCCGUGGGAAGAGAUGAGUAUUAUCGCAAAUUUGAAGUCUACAAAUGGGAGGAUAGCUUUAGCAUGGAAAAUGUAAUCAUGACAUCAUGCUCUUAUGGUGGACCAUUUGCUGUACGUCGAGACCCCAAGAAACUUGUCCAAGUUCAAGGCAGCGGAAAGCCCAGUGUAGCAAUUUACACUGCUGCUGGUGCUUUUGUCUCCUCUAUCUUGUUAACAAAAUCUGUUAUCGAAGUUGGAUGGUCCACUACUGAGGACCUACUCUGCAUUGAAGAUGAUGGGUCUGUUUUGAGAUAUGACAUUUUUGGCAACCACCAACACACAUUUUCCAUGUGUGAUGAAGCAAGAGUCACAAAAGUAAUAGAAGCCAAGGUGUUUACCUGUGCUGGUGGAACUGGUGUAGCAAUAUUAACGUCAUCCUAUAGAUUUUUUCUUGUGAAUAGUGUCAAAGAACCAAAAACUCGACCAAUGCCUGAAAUUCCAGGACUUAAUGCACCCCCCAGCAGUUGGGGAGUUAUUGUUGAAGAUAGGCAGACAAAAAUUUUGGUUGCCAAAGAAAGAGAGCUUUAUUUGUUAUCACACAAUGAUAGCCGUCCUGUGCCUGUUGUAUUGGAAUUUUCUGAUCGAUUGAGUUCUGUUGUUGAAAUGGCAGUUUCCGUGGACAAUCGUCAGAUUGGUCUCUUUACUGACAAAGGUAGAUUGUGGAUUGGUUCAUCUGACUUACGGUCGAAGUAUUGUGAAAUUGACACAUCCCAUGCUUAUAGACCACUGCAACUAGCAUGGUGUGGCUCUGAUGGAGUUCUUGGUGUCUGGGAUGGAACUCUUCUCCUUGUUACAAAAAAUGGUGAUACACUGACAUACCCAUGUGACUCAAAAGUGCAUGUGGUGGCAGAAAUUGAUUGUGCACGUGUUAUUUCGAGCUCUUCUCAUGAGAUUUUGCAGUCGGUUCCAUCAGUAGUUCAAAAGAUCCUGCGAAUCAAUAGUGUUGACCCAGGUUUAUAUCUUCUGGAGGCAUCACGGCAGUUUCAGCGCCGAAAUCACACCGCGGAUGAAUAUAUUCGUCUUGUUAAAGACAAUUUGCCAUUGGCUGUUGAAAAUUGUAUCGAAGCUGCUGGAUAUGAAUUUUCACAUGACAAUCAAAAGAUGUUCAUAAGGGCUGCUCAGUUCGGGAAAGGUUUUGUUCCUGAUUUAGAUCCAGAAAAUUAUGUUAGGAUGUGCCGUGUUCUUCGUGUUCUGAAUGCUGUCCGUGAUCACAAAGUCAGUCUUCCUAUCACCAAUACACAGCUAAGGAAAAUGAAUAUUGUUGGAUUACUUGAAAGACUUAUUCGCAGAAGACAUUACUAUAUGGCAAUUCAAAUUUGCAAACAUUUAAAACUGCCACCUGCUGAAGGUUCAAGCCGUAUAUUAGCAGAAUGGGCUUUCUAUAAGGUUGCACAAGCAAAACAGGACCGAGAACAAGUAGCAAGAGAAAUUGCAAGCAAACUUGGUAAAGCUCCUGGAAUUUCCUACAAAGACAUUGCUCUGAGAGCUAAUAAUUGUGGCCACAAACAUCUGGCUAUUCGGUUGAUGGACUAUGAACCUCGAGCCAGAGAACAAGUCCCCUUGCUCCUUGAUCUAGGAGAGGAGGUUCCUGCCUUACUGAAAGCUAUGGAAAGUGGAGACACUGAUUUAAUAUAUUCAGUGCUUCUUAGAAUGCAUGCUAAGAUGCCACUGGCCGAUUUUUAUCUGAAAAUUCGGAACUACCCAUUGGCUCAGUCCCUUUACAUCAAAUACAGUUAUGAGAACAAUAACAAAGAACUUCAUGAUAUUCAUGACCAAGAAUCAAAUUAUAAUGCGCAAGCUGCUCUCCAUCUCAAGGAUGCCUAUCUACCUAAGAAUUCUGGGACUCGAGAGGCAUCAUUAGCAGCAGCACGUCAGAGCUAUAAAAAUGCUAGAAAUGAUUUUCUGGCAGGUGCUUGUGAUGAGCAACUUCGACUUCUAAAGAUUCAAAGGACUUUAGAAGAUAAAUUUGGCAGGGAAUUUUUUGGACAGUCACUUCAUGAUACAGUUGAAAUACUUCUGACUUUGAAAGAGGUGAAAGUUGCUGAAAGUUUACGCAAUGAGUUUAAAAUUCCUGAUCGUAGGUAUUGGUGGUUACGCAUAUUAGCCCAUGCCCGCAACGGAGAGUGGAAACAGCUUGAAAACUUUUCCAAAGAGAAGAAGUCUCCAAUUGGAUAUGAGCCUUUUGUUGAUGUCUGCUUUGAACGAAAUGAAAGAGAAGAAGCACAGAAGUAUAUGAGCAGAGUGCGAGAUGAUCUAAAAGUGAAAUACUAUGUAAAGAUUGGAAUGUUGAAACAGGCUGCUCAGACUGCUUUUGACCAGAAAGAUACCCAAGCUCUUAUUGCCGUCCAAUCAAAGUGUGGGUCCGCAGAACAGAAUGUCAUUGAACAAAUUAACACAUUCCUCACUCAAUUAAGCAGUAGAAAAUAGGAGAGAAAGUGAGAAAUGUGAUUCCACAUCCACUAUCAAUUGGCUAGUCAAACUAUGAUACUCUGUGGGGCUAAAUGCUGUAUAUACUGGCAGGUUCAUCCUCUGGAUGAUUUUGCAAUUUUGUUAUUAUUUGUGAUAUCUUAUCCUACUAUUGUGUGUUUAAUCAAGAAUCUUAUUUUGUGUAUAUUUGUUGUAUUCUCCUGUGAUAUUUUACUUAUUUUUACCAUGGCUGUAGCAAAAGUAACAUAGGCAGAGAAAAGUACUAAAACCAUGUCAUGAAUUAAAAUUUGUAAAAGAAUGUU